AUGGCACCAUUUGAGACUCUUUAUGGAAGAAGAUGUAGGUCACCUAUUGGGUGGUUUGAGGUUGGUGAGGUUAAGCUUUUGGGGCCAAAUUUGGUACAAGAUGCAGUUGAGAAUGUGUUUCUUAGAGUGUCGCCUAUGAAGGGAGUGAUAAGAUUUGAAAAAAGAGACAACUUUAGUCCUCGUUACGUUGGUCCAUUUGAGAUAUUAGAUAGAAUAGGUGCAGUAACUUACUGCUUGGUAUUGCCGUCUGAGUUGUUUAUGAUUCAUCCAGUAUUUCACGUAUCAAUGUUGCGCAAAUAUCUUCCUAACCCAUCUCAUGUGCUCGCACUACAAUCUAUAGAGCUAAAAGAGGAUUUAUCAUUUGAAGAGGAACGAGUAGCUAUAGUGGAUUGUCAAGUAAAGAAACUAUGUUAUAAAGAGAUAGCAUCAUAG